AUGGGCAUCCCUCGAGUCCUCGAGGCCCUGGAAUCCAACGACUGGGAUGCCGCAGACGACCUCGACGGCGGGCCCUCCGACCUCGACUCCGACGCGGACUCGACGGCGGGCCUCCCCCGGAAACGCAGGCCGCUUGCGGACGGCGACGGCGACGGCGACGAGGAGGACUUUGACCUGGACCCCGAGAGCCUGGACUUUGGCUUCGACAAGUCUGACUUUGAGGGGUUGAAGAAGGCAAUCUGGAACCUGGAGCAGGAGCAGCAGCUUGACGCGGACGUAGCAGACGACGACAAGGAUGGGAAGAAGGAUGCCGAGCGAGAGACAUCGGGCGAAAAGAAGGCCAAAGAGGGCGCUGGGAAGGACGGGGACGGAGAGGACGAGGAGCUGGACGGCGAUGAGGUGGAGAAGAUUGAGCGGAUGAUGCGGAAGCUGCAAGCCGUGAGGGACAUGAGCGCGGGACUGCCGGAGGAUCAGCGGCGGAGGAUGGCCAAGAAGGCUGUCGGGGAGGUGAUGAAGGAGCUGUGA